ACCCCGGGAGUGGCGGUUGUUUCAAGAUGGCGGAUGUGACGGCUGUCACCGGCUCGGGGGUCGCGGCGUACUGGAGCCGGGACCUUUCUGAUGAGGAACAUGCUGUGCUACAUAUUUCAGCAGGAAAUAAUAGAGCAAAACACAAAUCAAAAAUUUCCAAAGCUGGUGUUAAACUAAAGGCUUCCAAGGCAACUGAUGCUUCUGUCACGAUGGAUCCUUCCAAAGGUGCAGGAGACUCGGCACCUAAAGAGACUGGUCACAAUGGAGGAAUGAAGAGUGCCUGCUUGAAGGACUUAUGUCCUGAAGACAAAAGACGUAUUGCAAACUUAAUCAAAGAGCUUGCCAGAAUCUGACUUGGAACUCAGAGGCCACUAUGUCUAACUUGUACCUGACUGAGAAUCUAUUCUGCAAUAACUCCAGCAAGAAGUUUUCCACCCUCUGCUCAAAAAGCUCCAGAGAGCAGGAGCUCACUACUUCUCAAGGCAGCCCUCUGUACCUUUGUGCCACUGUAGAUGUGAAGAAGUUUUUUCCUGUCAAGACUAAAUCUUACCCUUGGCAAUUUCUACCUAUUGUUCCUACAAAUAGAAUAAGUUUAAUUUGCUUCCCAUGACAGUCUUUCAGAUAUUUGAUGACAACUAUCAUAUACACUGAGGGAGCGGUGGGGCACAGCUAGGGGAGCAGUGAAUAGAAAACUGCACCUGGAGUUCAAAUCUGGCCUCAGACACUUACUAGCUAUGUGACCCUUUGAGAGUCAUUUAACCCUGUUUGCCUCAGUUUCCACAUCAGUAAAAUAAUCUGGAGAAGGA